GGCGGUGAUAAGUGUGUCAGGGGGCCCUGCCAAAGCCCUCACACUCACAAAUACACACGUUCGGGCUCCAGGAUAGAAUGUUUGCUUCGUUUAUAGGCGUUCGAUUUGCGAUAAGAUAACACACAGGGCAGCAUAGGUAGAAUCCAUCACAGACAUACCUAUUACGAAGACCAGACAGUACUCGACAGGGAUCCAUGCCGGCGAGUAGUUGACACACACACCGAACCGAGAGAUUUGUUGCCGCCGCCAUGAGCCAUCAUGAAGUCGGCGUGGUUGAGCAGCUGAAAAAGUCCGUGGAGGAGAUUGUGGCCAAAAUGGGGCCCAGCAGCAAGUUUUCGCAGGAUCUGAUCAAAAGGAUAGGCGAUAUGCAAAGCAAGCUGGAGUCCCUGGCCGACACGGACCGGCAUCAGUUUCUGGCGGAGAUGAAGGACAAGUUUGAGGCUACGAUCGGUCGGAUCGAGCAGCGCAUAGCUCAGCAUGCCCACAUUGCUCAGACCUAUUCCAGUUCAAAAGUGAUGGCCGUGAUCUUUCUCCUAGUCUCCAUUUUCGCUCUCUUUGGCUACAAGCUGUACAAGUCCCUGACGGAGAAGGAGCUGAAGAAGCAGGAGAAGCUCAAGAGCAAGCAGCAGAAGAAGGCCAAGAAGUCCAACUGAGCGAGGAGGAGGAGGAGAAUCCCUUCCAGCUGUUGUUAAUCAAUAUAAACACCGACCCCCCUGUAAAUGACUAAAUUAUGAGUUCAGUAAACGUAAUGAAAUAAACAGUGCCCCGUAAUAAUAAUGAUA